AGAGACCGCUUUUUCGAAGGUCAUCUUGAACAUCAGGCCGAGGUCUCGUCCGGAGCUGCGCACAAACUCUGGAGGACAGCGGCCGACGAGCUGCAUCGUUGAAGGGAGCAAAAAAUCUGUCGUGCUGUUGUGUUACGUUUGAGAAGAUGCAUGUCAGUGAACCCCCAUGUUCUUUUUUCUCGUUUAUCGGGGGUAGCGGCGUGUGCUGUAGCGGGAGCUGGUUUCUUCGACGUGCAUUUUGAUCGGUACAGUGUCGCAGCGCGAACGGGACCGCGUGUUUUUUUUUUGGCGUCAAUCGACUUCCGUCUGCUUGGGAGUUCUCCGACCCCCUCCCUCGCUUCGGUAGCUCCUGUCCUGUUCUUUCGCUUGUCUGGCAAUUCAUUUGGAAUUGCUCCUUCUCUGUGCUUCUCAGAGUCGCGUGGAGGCUGAGCGCGACAACGCCGAGAGCAUAUAGUCCGAGGCUUGGGCGUGUCACACAGUUCAGUGUUUCAACCGAGCAGCUGUUCAGGACGACGUUUUGCUGCUGAAUGCUGAUUUGGAGUGUCUUUCUUCGUUGCCACUUGUCCUCGACAAGGCUUCAACGUGUUCGAAUCGACUGUAGUGGAUCCCGACGCCCACAGGCGCCGUCGUCCUGCUUCGAGUCUUUUUUCCGGGGUGUAAACGUCUAAUAUCGCUGUGACUCACUGCGGAACUUUGUCAAGUUCCAAUCGUCUACCGUCUCUAGGCGCCUACUUCCACCUGGUAGAAGAAGAGUGCCCUCUCCUAAAUUUCUUUUAGUUCCUCGGGAAAAUGGCAGCCAAAUUCCUCUCUUUCAAUCAGGAACUGAAUGAGGCUGUUGACCUCAAGGACUGGGUGAAGGAGGAGCCGGUUCCAGACGAACCGCUUCCUCUGCGGUAUGUCUGGCAUGUUUGGGAGCAAGUGCAGCAGGACGACCGAUCCAAAGAGUACUCAGACAACACCCGGGAUUUGGCAGCCUUCGAUACUGUACAGAAAUUUUGGCAGCUGUGGUCAUUCAUUCCCCAGCCGAGCGAGCUUCUGGACCAUAAACGGAUGGUCAGGCAGGACAAGAACGGUCGGAGCCAUGUCGUCGAUGCUGUUAUGAUUUUCAAGGAAGGAAUCAAGCCAAUGUGGGAGGAUCCCCGGAAUGCGACUGGGGGUCAUUUUGAGUAUCGCCUUUCUUUCCCGCAGAUGAGUGCAGGACAGAUUGACGAGUACUGGAACAAUUUGGUCCUUGGCCUUAUCGGCAGCACUGUCGAAGGCAGCGAUCAUAUCACUGGUGUCCGUCUGGUAGACAAACUCAGUCAAGGGCGUCAUUCCUGCAUCAGAAUUGAAGUCUGGUACAGCAAGUUGCCAAGCAGAGAGGUUCAGGACGCUCUGCUGAAAGAAAUCAACAAAUGCAUGGCAACCAAAAUUGAUGGAAGCGUCGGUACGCUUCCAAGGGCGGACGUCAAGAGCCACGGAAAGUAGUGUGGAAGCACGGCCGCAUAGCGUUGCAAUUCGCGGUUCUUUUUGGCGUUUUCGGUGUAUGCGUGGGUGACAAUCCAACACGUUUUGAGCGGAUUUUACCGUCGCCUCUGCUGCAGGGACAAUACCAAGUUUUGUGGUGUCGGGUGUCCACAGUCACCGCUUCAUUUGGUCAUUUUUGUCAAUCUGGUCGGGAACAGUCCUUCGUUUGCUCCGUAACAUUCAGCGGUUGCGAAUAACAGGGGUGUGCCAUCCAGAGUGACUCGCAGAGACGCCAGUGGCUGCUCAAGUGGCAACUCCUCUCAACCAAACAGAUGAGAGAGGAAGGAUGCGAGGGUGAGUUGACAGUCGAUCCUUGUACGCGAUCAUCAGUGGCAUGUGAACUUUACUUUCCCUCCAAAGUUGCGUCGUUGCGUGUGCUACAAACAUCUCCGGUCCCAUUCAAUCUUCUCAGUAAGGUGAUGUUGUGAAGUCCGCGUUAGGCACUCUCCUUUUUGUGCGGGUUGAUCUCCUGCAGUUACCACUGACACGCU